AUGAGCGGCCGUGUGCUCUUUCUCGUUGUUUUAUUUUCCUCCCUCGGGAUGGUCUAUUCACUAGCUUUGGCCAACGCAAUGGCCUGCGGUGCUCUAGCAAUUCUCAUGCCAGAGAAAGUCUUCAACUCCAACACGGCCAGUUACACAGCGGCUCUUACGUCCUACUUCAGCCGCCAAGAACAGGAAGUGAAGCCAGAAUGCGUAGUCAUUCCUCAGAGUACCAAUGAUGUCUCUGAAAUAGUUGCAACUAUGACUGCCUUUGCUUGGAUUGGAGCUCAAUUUGCCGUCAGAGGGGGUGGUCACUCAAUCUAUGCUGGAGCGGCCAAUAUACAAGGUGGUGUCACCAUAGAUCUGAGUUCUCUUAAUGAAGUGACUGUCAGUCCUGACAAAUCCACCGUUGACCUUGGACCAGGCGGCAAAUGGGGUGCAGUUUACGAAGUACUAGAUCCUUUACAGAUCACAGUCUCCGGUGGGCGAGAUUCAGAUGUUGGUGUUGGGGGAUACCUUCUUGGAGGUGGAAUGAGUUACAUUGGACCCCUGGCCGGAUGGGCUUGCGACAACGUGGUGGAAUACGAGGUAGUCCUAGCAGACGGCAAGGUAGUGAAUGUCAACAACGAUUCAUAUCCGGAUCUGUUCUUGGCUCUUAAAGGAGGAGGCAACAAUUUUGGUAUCGUCACUCGCUUCACGCUCAAAACUCACCCCUUGGGCAACUUCUGGGGUGGAUUUCUGGUCUAUCCGAUUACUUCAAUUGGCCAACAAAUCGAUUCAUUGUCGAAAUUUCUGGGUACGCAGCCUUAUGAUCCUUACGCUGCCAUGAUUCAGAGUUGGGGUUACUCCUCGGAGAUGACCGUUAUCAGCGACGGAAUAUACUACACCCAGAACGUACAAUCGACUCCAGCCGUAUACCAGGACUUUGUCGACAACAGUACCCUGAUGCAAAGUAGCUUGCGAACGUCAAACAUGUCCAGCUUUGCCGCGGAGACCGAUAAGUACCAGGCUUACAGUAUGAGACAGGGAUACUACACAACAUCCUUCCUACACACCCCAUCCAUUUAUAGUACUAUCUACGACAUCUUCAACACCUCCCUAACCUCAGUAUCCAAAGUCCAAGGUAUAAACUGGUAUCUCACCAUCCAAGCCACUCCAGCCCUCAACGGCACCAAUAGCCUGGGCCUUAAACCGGGCAAUGCACGCCUCAUCAACGUUCUCCUCACAACAUGUUGGUCCAACGCUUCUGAUGAUGCGGCAGUAGCCGCCGCCGCAAAGAGUCUCAUUUCGUCUAUUGAAUCUGCGACUCGUGCCGCAGGUGUGUACCAAAAUUACAAGUAUUACAAUUAUGCGGAUAUUUCCCAAGAGGUAAUUAGCGGUUAUGGUUCGGCCAGUGUGGAGGAGUUGCGAACAGUUAGUAAGAAGUAUGAUGUCUAUGGUGUGUUCCAAAACAGUGUUCCGGGUGGGUUUAAGUUGUGGUGA